UUAUUUUCUGAAAAACAACUGAAGUUACACUACCGUCAAAAUGCCACCAAAAGCUAGUGGAAAGGCCGCUAAGAAGUCUGGCAAGGCCCAGAAGAACAUCGCGAAGGGUGACAAGAAGAAGAAGAAGCCACGUCGUAAGGAAAGUUACGCUAUCUACAUUUACAAAGUCCUGAAACAGGUUCACCCGGACACCGGAAUUUCGUCGAAGGCCAUGAGCAUCAUGAACAGCUUUGUGAACGAUAUUUUCGAACGGAUUGCUGCCGAAGCUUCUCGUCUGGCUCAUUACAACAAGCGAUCCACCAUCACUUCUCGUGAGGUACAGACCUCUGUCCGUCUGUUGUUGCCAGGAGAAUUGGCCAAACACGCUGUCUCUGAGGGUACCAAGGCUGUGACCAAGUACACCAGUUCCAAGUAAAUGCUGUAGAUUAUGCUUUCAUCAACAAUCGGCCCUUUUCAGGGCCACCAAAUACAAUAAAUGAAGCGGAAUUUGAAUUUUAUCAUCUCGGUGUAAUACAGACGAAAAAGAUUGAUUUGUUAUACUACUCCUUGAUAAGAAUAAAUAAUUUAUUAUUCUCGUAACACUGCGUACGUUAAUAUUAUAAAUAAAUGAAUUGAUGCUAGGAAAAUAUGAAAUACAAAUCCUCGGUUUCGUGGUACACUAGCACAACUCAAAAAUCGUAGUUUCGAGAAUAACGAGUUUGAAAAUUAACGUCGAAAAAUCAUUUUUCAAUUUUCAAGAAAACUAAAAUUUGAGAUUUACAAUCCUUAUGUAUAACACCUUUAGGUCUAUUAUGCAUAUUAUGAGCGCGUUGUAUAAGUUAAAACCUUAUUUUUACUAACUUCAUAGCGAAAUUUCGAUUUGUGCAUCAAAGGCACUUCUACUCAUAGCUCUGGAUUUUUUGGGAACGAGGUUUCAUGGGAUGAAACUUAACAAUAUUUGGCAUCGUUUGCCCUAAAAAAUGCAGAAUUUUGAGUCGUGCCAGUGUUGCACGAAACCGACAAAAUGUAAUACAGAAAAACUAAAGCACGAAGAUGUCUUCGAACGUGAUUCAAGUAAAAAAUAAGUAUUAA